AAGCCCGCUACGGCUGUCAACGUACGACAUAUCCUAUGCGAGAAACAAUCGAAGGCUUUGGAGGCGUUGAAGUUACUUGAGGAAGGACAAGCAUUCGAUAAAGUCGCGCAGACGUAUUCAGAGGAUAAGGCGAAGGCGGGAGGGAGCCUUGGUUGGAUGUCCCGCGGAUCUAUGGUCGGUCCAUUCCAGGAGAAAGCCUUCGAACUCACUCCAUCAAGCGUGAACAAACCUAUCUACUCACCACUUGUUAAGACAACCUUUGGGUACCACGUUAUCAUGGUUGAGGGAAGGCGUUGA